AUGGUCUCGACGCGGUGGCAGCACCUCCCGCACCAGCUAUCGCACCUGCACCUCGAUGUUGGGCACUUCCCCGGCGCCACGCCGCUCAAGACCAUGGAUGCUUUCAUGGGCGCGAUGCGCAGGUUGCUGUCCACGUGUUCUCCUGCGGCUGACUGCAACAGCAGUCGUGCCAUCAAGACCCUAAGUCUCAGCUUCUACAUGUCAUCCACUCACCUUUGCUCCAUUGGCCGCGCCGUGGAGGACGUCGUCACCCACAACGCGACUGAAAGGCUCGAGUUUAACAUAUCCCUGUCGUCUGGGAACAAAACGAGGUUUGGGAAGCAGUUCAUGUCCUUCUCCCGCUCCUGCCGGGUCACCUUUCGAUGUCUCACGAGUCGAGAUGGCAAUGGGGCCUCGAAACCCGCGCUUACACUUGAGAACCUUGCUUUUGGACAUUCCGACGUCACAAAUCUCAUUAACGCUUGUGAUAGGCUCGACCACCUCACCCUGAGUUGUUGCAGAUUGGUUAAGCACUCCGCGGUCAAGAUUGACACGCCUUGUUCCGGAAUCAAGGAGCUCAAGUUCAUCUACUUUAUGUGCACGUGGAUCGAGCUCAUCUCUGUCCGUAAGCUUAGGCAAGUGCGGUGCGUAUGUUGGCCCUUCGAAAACCCUCCAGUGCGCUUGGGCUACGUUCCAGAGCUUCGUGAUGUAAGUCUUUUUAAUAAAGCCAUGGCAUGGCAGGCACCAUUCAAACUGAGUGAGUGUCUAUCAAGGAGUGCCAAGAACCUGUCGAGACUGAUACUUAAUUUUGGCCACCAAAUGAUUUGGAUUCAACCUGAACAUCCCAAGCACCUCACUACAAUAUUCAGAAACCUGACUGAUGUGUAUCUUAACUGUAUCUUUCCCGAGUGUGAUCUGAACUGGACCAUGUUUAUCGUCCAAGCUGCACCUGCCCUACUGAAUUUUACAUUGUAUCGAAAUCAACAUCCAUGUGUCAAAACGUCUGAGCAUAGUGCCCAGAAGACCAACAUGCUGCCGGAACCAUCCAAGGAUUGGAAGCACCUGAACUUGAAGUUACUCGUGAUGGCAGGGUUCGAGGAGGAAGACAAGGUGACAAAUUAUCUAAGACUUUUCAUGGAACGAGCCGUGGGUUUGAAGAGAAUCGAGCUGCGUGGUAAACACCCCUGUGAUAAGUGCAAUGCCACGGACCUUGAACUUGAGUCCACAAGAUCCCUUGUUGACAAAGCUAGCAGGUAUCGGAUUAAGGAGCGACUCACACAUGAAUCCUCCUUGUCUGUCAAAAUAACAAUAUGUUGA